AUGGUCGAAAUAUACGAAUCCAUCACGACGAAGGUCUACAUCUCCGGCUCGGGAAACUGCCAGACAGAUCGCCAACAAGUUCAAAACAUUUGGAAGAUCGAGGAACGUCCACGGCCAGGUACACAACUAACCGUGACAAAGAAGCAACUCACGAACGCCUUACACCUUACGCCUUACGCCUUGCAACUCACGAAGUGCAUCAUCUCGAAUCCAAAAUCGACAGCGGAUUAUACUUUACAAACCGUCAUCAUGGAUGGUUAG